AUGAGUGGUGUCCAUGAACUCCAUACUCAAAAGGAUUUGUCAAGCUUCUUUUUUUGCUUGAUCACAAAGGCAAAACCUGCCAAACCUUUGAAACUCACAGUAAAGGAGAGCCUCUUGAGUCCCUAGCUUACGUCUAUAUAUAAUUGGUAAACGCUAAGGCUAAAUGAAACUCGAUAAAAUCCUUGGUUUCAGUUAGUUUGAUGAGUGUGAGAGAGAUUUGGGGUGUGCGUCGACCAAAGGUAAAAGGAAAAUGGUUUCAUCAAAGGGAAACUUAACUCCCAUCGUCAGCAAAAUCUUUUGUUCGGCUUCUCAGAUAGUUCUAACAGUGAGGAGGCGGCCUCAUGUGGUAAAUGGAGGAGGUUUUGUGGUUACAGACUGUAGCCAAAGGGUGGUUUUCAGGGUGGAUGGCUGUGGAACCUUGGGUGUGAGAGGUGAACUCAUGUUGAGGGAUGCUGAUGGAGAACCUUUGCUGCUCAUACGCCGGAAGGGAGGUAUUGUUCAGGCGCUAAGCGUUCAUAGGCAAUGGAGAGGUUACAUGUUAGACUACGAAGGGAUGGAGAAGUUGAUAUUCUGCCUCAAGGAGCCGAAAUCGUUCCUUGUCAAAAACAACUCCAUCAAAGUUUGCAUGGAACCCAGGAGGUGCAGCAAGAACUGGGAUUUUCAGAUCAAGGGUUCUUUCCCCGCUAGAGCUUGCACCAUCUUUGAUUCCAAGGGAAACAUUGUAGCACAGGUGGAAAUAAAGAAGGAGGUGGAGGAGUUGUUGGUAAGCAAGGAUCUCUACCAUGUGGUGGUGCAACCGGGAUUUGACAAAGCUUUUGUCUUCGGAAUCAUUGCCAUUCUUGACAACAUUUAUGACGAAUCUACUCAGUGUUGAUGAGAACUGGAGGUAGCCAUAAGGCUCCUGUAAUUUCUUUCUUGCACAAAUCAGUAGAAGAUCAGAAUGAUGAGAGAAAGAGUGACAGAGGUUCGUCUCCUCUUAUCUCUGUAAAUCAGUAAAUGUUACGUACGUGUUGUUGCUUUUCUUCCUUUUUUUUUUAUUGUAGAGGGAUAAGGGAUAAAUGUAUGACAAUCAAUAGAGGCUGUAGAUAAGAAAGAAGGUUGUGUGGUUAAUUUAUAUAUA